AUGGGCCAAAAUGACGAACCUGUCAUCGGAGUUCCUUACUACGCCGGGCAGAACCCGCACCAAGCCGGAGCUAUACCGCCAACCGCAAUCGUCGGCGAUCCAAAGGGAAUCCCAAUUCAACAGACUAUGUAUCGCGACACUCCUGCUCCUUUUAACUGCGUUUACUGUGGUAAUUCCGGCGUUACCGUCGUUAGAUCAAAGCCUAGUUUGGCAGCUUUUGUUGGUUGCAUGAUGCCUUUGAUGCUUGGAUGUUGCUUUCUUUGCCCUUCUAUGGAUUGCCUCUGGCACAAGUAUCACUACUGCCCAAGCUGCAAAGAAAAGGUUGCUGACUUUGAGAAAUCAGAUCCUUGUGCAGUGAUGGAUCCUCCCCACUGGACACAGGAGAGUUUCGCCUUGCCUGCAUGA